AUGAUAAUGCGACUUGUGCUACCGUUCCUGGCUCUGCUGUCCUGCACCGAUGCCUUUGUCCCUCGCGCUCCGUUGUCGCCAAUAAGGACAUCGAUCGAUGCAACAGUCGCGGAAGAUGUAGCGGAUCUGGACCAGGAAUCCAUCACCAAAAAGACUCCCAUUAUCCUGCUGGCAGGUUUCCUAGGGACAGGCAAGACCACAACGCUAAAGCAUUUGUUGGAGAACACAGAGGGGUCAAGGAUUGGCGUCAUUGUGAAUGAUGUUGCCUCGGUGAAUAUUGAUGCCAAGCUGGUUUCGUCCAUGCCCGAGUCUGCUUCGGAAGAUAUGAUUGAGCUUCAGAAUGGAUGCGCCUGUUGCAGCCUCUCGGAUGAAUUAUUCACCAGUGUCGAGACAUUAUUCCAGCCCAAACGCAGUGGAAUUCUGCGUCGCAAAAAGGCCCGUGAAUACGACGCCAUUGUGGUCGAGUUGAGUGGAGUGGCAGAUCCCCAGGCCGUACGGGCCACCUGGACUGCAGCCGCUGGAUCGGAUCGAUUUCCCGCCACUGAAAUGGCGGAAAUUUCCAAAAUUGUCACCAUGAUUGAUUCCUGUACCUUUGCAACCGAUUAUAUGACGUGGGAUGCCGUAGCGCAGCGUCCUGGAUGGGCCGAACCGGGAGAUGAUUGUGCCGGUAAUCGAAAGGUGGCAGAAUUGUUGGCCGAACAGGUCGAAGCUGCCAAUCUGAUUCUCGUCAAUAAAAUUGACAUGGCCACGGAGGAAGAAGUCGAAGUUUCCAGCAAGGUGGCCCGUGCAUUGAAUGAAAAGGCAACUCUACACAAUGUGGCCUUUGGAAAGAUUAGCCCCAGUGAAAUUCUGGAAUUGGGUACCACAGAUCUACUAGUCGACUUCAAGGAAGAAAAAGACGAGGCAGCAGCAGAAACGUCUGGACACAGUCAUGGCCAUGAUCAUGCUUGCGAAGAGCCUGGUUGCACAGAUGAAAGCCAUGACAUAGCCACGAUAGCCAUGCUUGCGAAGAGCCUGGUUGCACCGAUGAAAGCCACGAUCAUAGCCACGAUAGCCACAGCCACGACCAUGCUUGCGAAGAUCCGGGAUGCACCGAUGAAAGCCAUGAUCAUAGCCACAACCACGACCAUGCUUGCGAAGAACCGGGAUGUACUGAUGAAAGCCAUGAUCAUUCCCACGAAUCAGGAGAUGCCUGCAUUGAUCCUGGUUUCUGCCCGCCCUUUCAACACCAACAGACUCAUGGCAAUGCUCAAUACGUGGCCAAUACCUGUCAAGGAUGUCCUGGAUCUAAAGGUUUUGGAAGAUGCACAGUCUGAAGGGUAUGACAUGGGAGAUGGACUCAUUAAACAGGACUCUCCAUUUGUUGGAGUGCUGAGAAGUAAAGGAUUCUGUUGGUUGGCUCCCACCAAAUGGAGUGGUGCCAACUGGGAUGCUUACCGCCACGACACCGCGAUGUACUGGAGUCAUGCCGGAAAACACUUUGGGCUAUCGUCUAAUGGAAAGUGGUGGGGAAGCAUUCAAAUGUAUGACAAAUGGGAAGAAUACAUGAAGAAACUCUUCAAAGACAACAUGGCCGAAUAUGAAAGAAUCAUGCGAGAAGACUUUGUGUCGGAAGAAUUUGGAGAUCGCCGACAGGAGCUCGUCUUCAUUGGGAUGAAUCUGGAUCAGGCAGAAAUCACUAAGACGUUGGACGAUUGUCUCCUUUCGGACGAGGAACUAGAGACGUACCGACAGAACCUGAGGAAUUAUCAAGAUGUGCUUCUUAGCGAAAGUGGCGGAAAGGGUUUGUUUGAUACGGAUGGCAGUGUGACACAUACCGAAGCUUAG